AUGAGUAAAGACUUACGCACCCCAAGGGCCACUCCAGCUCUGAGAGCGACAAUUAAGCGGAAACCGGAUGUUAUCGAUCUCGAAUCGUAUAAAGAGAGAGCUGUCAAGAAGCCAUUUAUACCGGUAACCAAGUCGCCGGCUCAGCGAGAAGAAGACAUGCUCUUCCAGAUCUCGGUCACGGUGAACUCCAAUAUCGAUGUAUUCCCCCAAAAGCUGCGUGAGGCCCUCCAGAAGUCCUACCAAACCGCGUGCUACACGCACAUGUUCGCGCUCCAGGCUGGCACGGCACCCAAACAUCAUCAGAUUUAUAACAUUGUCAAAGGAGAGCGCACCCGCUCGGAGUCACUUACUUUCACCAACACGAUCGUCCAGCACAACAUCUUCGAUCUGGGAAUGGCCAACAUCAGACUAUUAGAGAUUCUCACUGAUGCUUCAAGGGACAAGCUCGAAAAAAGGACGUUCGUGGAGCUAGAGACGGAGAGCGGCUUACUGAAUCCGGAAUUCAUUGAGCUUCAUUCUGUAAGGCAUAGAGAAAUCGGGUGUGGAUUCGAUGCAGAUGGGUGCUUAUCCCUGUACGGCACUUUUAUUGUAGAGAAAAAGCUUAAAGAAAAGGUCUAG